AUGUUGUCGGUAUUAUCAGUUGAUUUAAAUCCUUAUACUAUAACAUUAGCUAUAUUUAUAAUACUAUUAAUACAGAAAAUUAUCAGUUUUAUCGGUAAAUCUAAAUUACAACAAUUUAUAUGGGGUCAAUAUUUAAAAUUUUCAUCCAAUUCAACAAUUAAACAAUUUAAUGAUAAACAAUUAGAAUUAAAAGAAACAAAUAGAAUGAAGAAGUCUAUAUCGGCACAGGAUGAAUAUGCCAAAUGGACAAAAUUAAACAGGAAAUCAGAUCAGUUAAAUAUUGAAAUUCAACAAUUAGGCACCGAAAUUCAAAGUCUAAAAACUUCAAUUGAUAAAGCUAGUAAUUUGGCAAUUAUGGUGGUUACUACUUUACCUAUUUGGUAUGCUAGAAUAUUUUAUAGAAAGAAGGUGUUGUUCUAUUUUGGUAAUGGUAUUUUACCUGAUUAUAUUGAAUGGGUUUUAUCAUUACCUUUUGGGUUGAAAGGUUCUAUUGGUUUGACUAUUUGGAUGUUUGCUGUUAAUUCAUUACUUAGUAGUUGGAUAUUUUUAAUUACUUUUCCAUUUGAAAAUAAGGUUGAGAAACCAAUAGAGCCAAAGGAAACUAAAAAGACUGAAUAA